AUGAAUACCCGUCAUCCGCCGAUCUUAUCGAGUGCCGACCCUUUGGCCAAGCAGAUGAUUACUUGGGCUCAUCACCGGGAACUUCAUGUUGAAUUUUGCUUACCAUACGUUCAUGUAGUUCGCCGCGUUUGGAUAAUUGGUGGAAAACGUCAAAUCCGAGCACACAUACAUCGGUGCGUUGUGUGCACCAGAGCUCUACCGAGGCCCAUGGAACAGGCCAUGGCACCUUUGCCCCCAGAACAAGCCACAUCGGUGAGAGCUCUUACAUGCACCGUCUUUGAUUUUGCUGGGCCCUUUCAUCUGCAGGCCGCCAAGGGGCGUGGAUCACGUACUACCAAGGGCUACGUGGCUGUUUUCGUGUCCUUCGCUUCCAAGGGGAUACAUCUUGAGGAUGUCGGCGAUCUAACCACCGAGAGUCUGCAGGAUGCAUCACUGCGAUUUUGUGGUCGACGUCGAAAACCGGCUGAAUUAUGA